GGCUCAAUCUCUCGCAGCCUAUCUGCACAGAACCGUGAAGUUUGGCCAUGGCUGGCACUGGUAAGUCCGACAAGGUCGCUGUGCCCAUGCCGAGCGAAACUUCGCAGGCUGCGAAGGCCAAGAAGCCGCGCAUCGAUUGCAUCGACGGCUGCCGUUUCGCCCUGGUCUUCCCGAUCAUCCUGGGCCACUUCAUCCGCUUUGGUACAAGCAACCGGCUGCUGCUGAAACUGUUGACACAGGAGAACGUGCUGGUGGGUGGCUUCUUCAGCAUCUCCGGGUACGUAGCGGCGUACACCACGACGAUCCUGGGAGAGAGGAGUCAUGAUGCCAAGAAGUUCAAAGAUCCGGAGCUCUUCUUUUGGCAGAAGGUGAUGAGCUACUAUCCGCUGCACUUUGUGGUCUCUACCGUGGGUGCGCCAUUGUUCAUCGCCACGGAUCGGCUCAUGAACAACUCCUGGCGCACCACAGGCAUGCAUGCGUGCCUGAACUACUCCCUGCUGCAGGCCUGGUUCCCCUCGGAGGCGGAGAUCUGGAAUCCACCCACCUGGUUCUUGUCGGCCCUGACCUUCGCCAACGUCACCAUGCCUACGGUGCUGCCGGCAGUGGCGAAGUUGUCCAAGGACGGGCUGGCAAAGCUGAUGGCGGCGCUCUUCUCAGUGUCGCUGCUGCAGAAGCUGUCGUACUCUCAGGCCUGGAAGUUCCAUUGCCGCGGGGAGUACGCGGAGCGCACCGCGCACCCCUACCUUUGGAACGUGACGCGGUUCCACCCCUUUGGUGCCUUGGUGGAAAUCACCAUGGGCGCGGCGGCUGCGCGAUGGGUGAUGCUUGACAAGGAUUCGCAGAGGCCCUCCAUGAACCCCCUGUGGCUCUUCCUGCUGAGCUACGCAUCGCUGGGGCUGCGCCUUACGUCACUCAACUUGAAUGAUGCCAUGAUUCGCUCCCUUCUGUUCAUGCCGCUGUAUACCAAGUUCCUGACGGAAGUGCACAGGGACUGCCUCUCGGAGAGACCCCACCUGAUCACCCGCUUCUUCGGUUCCAAGACGAUGACCUGGCUUGGCUCUCUGGCCUUUCCCAUGUUCAUCCUGCACGGCCCGAUGGGCCAAAUCUUCUACAAGAAGAAGAUUGCCGAGAGGCUUUGGGGCGGCAUCAUGCCCAAGCGCUUCUUCCCGGUGUAUUUGCUCCUGGUGGUGCUGUUUGGCCACCUCACCAACGAGUUCUUCGUCAAGUCCAAGAGGGUGCAGCAGUUCAGUGCCCGCUUGGCCCAAGCGCUGGCAAGCCGAACAAAAGGAAUGCUGCAUGAUGCGGUGCCUCUGAAGAGAGAAGCCUCCAACGAGAAGCUGGCAGGGGCGUAGGCCAAGCCAUAGUCCUACCUUGACUUUAUGGAGUCAGCCCUUUGGGCUGCAUCUGCAAGCUUGGUGGCUUCACGGGAGUUUGCAGGAGGUAAUCGGUGCGAGCCAUAUGUGCUAUCGGAAAGCUUGAACACAAUGCACCUCCCACUGAUGCCAAUCAGUUUCGGAUGAGCACUUUGCAUCUCAGCAUCUUGCGCAAUGAGCUUCAUGAUGAGGUUUGGCACUGGCGGCUGGACAGACCUGAUUCGAUUUUUGUACAGUUCGCUGGCUGUCACCUAGGACAAACAAAACCGGCGCGUAGGGAGUUGGGAACAGGUUGAGUGUUUAAGAUUUGAACAACAUGCCGUCGAUCUCCCUAGCAAUUUGUGCUUCGUGUGGCUUAGCUAGACUUUCUGCAUGAAAGCACGAGGUGCCUGAUGACAGAUUGGCGCCUCGUGCCACGUUUUUGGCCCAAUGGCUCCUCUAUCUUUGGCUUGCUCGCACCCGGGCGGCUGAACUUUUAACAUCAGCUGCUGAAGAGAGGGGCCGUGUCAGUCUCAUGUGGAACCAACCACUGGGAGCGACACCAAACCCAGACCCCAUCAUGCCUCUUGGU